CGAAGAGAAGAGAAGAGCGCAGAAAGCAUCAAUGUUUUUCGAAAUGAUUAGUUAGUUAGUCAGUUAUGACGGUUAUGACCAAUAAAAACUCUUGGUGUGCUGACUCACAUAUACACAAACACACAUAUAAAUACACAUACAUAUAUAGACUAAAUAUUCGUCAAAGUCUGACAAAUGGUAACAUAGUUAUUUAGUAACUUGUUGUGUGGUGAAUUUCUACAUCGAGACUUCCUGUUCAUGGCGAUGCUUCAGCGUCGUUCAUCGUCUUAACAAAAUCCACUCACCAGUGAAACAACUAAAUUUUAUUUUAAUUUAUUUAGUUUUAUGUUAAGUUUGUUUGUUUUACUUUCCUCAAGUUUUUAAUUUAAAAGUUUAACUGACUAUUAUUAUUAUUAUUAUUUAAAUAAUUUUUGGGGCGCACAGGCCGCCGAGGCAAGGGUGCAAAGACCCCGUGUUGGAAAAUGAUCAACAUGGAGACGGAUAAAAUCCUCGAUGAAACAAAUACAAAUAAUCAGUAUCCGAUGACGAUAUUGUACGAUCCAAGUCGAAAGAAAGAGCCUUCGUCACAGACGAUGAGUCUGACGAGUCAGUAUACACAAGAGAGGGAAAUGUGUAUGAAAUAUUUUGAACGAUGGAGUGAACCAGAGCAAGUUCAUUUCGUUGAACAAUUAUUGGCACGAAUGUGUCAUUAUCAGCAUGGUCAUAUUAACACUUUCCUAAAACCGAUGCUGCAGAGAGAUUUCAUUUCACUUUUACCCAAAAAAGGUCUAGAUCAUGUGGCUGAAAGUAUUUUGUCAUAUUUGGAUGCUGAUUCAUUGUAUGCCGCAGAGCUUGUGUGUAAAGAAUGGUAUCGAGUAAUAAGUGAAGGAAUGCUGUGGAAAAAAUUAAUUGAGCGCAAAGUACGAACUGAUUCUGUUUGGCGCGGAUUAGCUGAGAGACGAGGCUGGAUCCAACACUUAUUCAAACCACGACCGGGCGAAAGUUAUCGAGACCAUGCAUUUUAUCGUAACUUGUUUCCUAACAUAGUUAAGGACAUCGAGAGUAUUGACAACAACUGGAGAAUGGGAAGACACAAACUACAAAAAAUAAACUGUCGGAGUGAAAAUUCUAAAGGCGUCUACUGUUUACAAUACGACGACCAGAAAAUCGUAUCGGGUCUUCGCGAUAACACCAUCAAGAUAUGGGACAGAAAUAACUUGCAGUGUAUUAAAGUGUUAACUGGACACACAGGAUCGGUCUUGUGUUUACAGUACGACGACAAAGCUAUUAUAUCUGGUUCUUCCGACAGCACUGUCAGAGUCUGGGACGCGAAUACUGGGGAAAUGGUUAAUACUCUGAUCCAUCACUGUGAGGCUGUACUGCAUUUAAGAUUUAAUAAUGGCAUGAUGGUUACCUGCUCAAAGGACCGAUCAAUAGCCGUUUGGGACAUGACAUCACAAACAGAAAUAGCAUUACGCAGGGUUCUUGUUGGUCAUCGUGCUGCCGUAAAUGUUGUUGAUUUUGAUGAAAAAUAUAUAGUGUCUGCGAGUGGUGAUAGGACAAUUAAAGUAUGGAAUACGUCGAGUUGUGAAUUUGUGCGAACGUUGAAUGGUCAUAAACGUGGAAUUGCGUGUUUGCAAUAUAGAGAUCGUUUAGUGGUUAGUGGUAGCAGCGAUAACACUAUCAGAUUGUGGGACGUUGAGUGCGGAGCAUGUUUGCGUGUACUUGAAGGACAUGAAGAGUUAGUACGGUGUAUUAGAUUUGACAGAAAGCACAUUGUCAGCGGAGCUUAUGACGGAAAAAUUAAAGUAUGGGAUCUCGUUGCUGCUCUUGACCCACGUGCUGUUGCUAGUACACUUUGUCUACGUACAUUAGUGGAGCAUACAGGAAGAGUAUUCCGUUUACAGUUUGAUGAAUUUCAAAUAGUGUCGUCGUCACAUGACGACACGAUACUGAUAUGGGAUUUCCUUAACUGUAAUGGCUCAGAUGCUGCUGGUAAUACAAGUGCAAGUGCAGGUGCUUCAGCAAUAGUUACUCCAACCGCUACAAAUAAUCAGUCUGAUACUAGAUCUCCUUCUCCGUUCGAGUGACGUACAAAAACCGAUCUAAUCCAUUAUUGUGAUACAAUUAUAUGUGGUUAAAAAGUGAAUUCAAUGUGUUCGCGUUCGGAUUUGUGAAAGUUAAUAUAUAAAAAAAAUGGAAAA